AUGGAUGAGCAUGGAGACGUCCAUGGACGAUCCGUUGCUGCUGGUCGCCAAUCACUUGGCCAAGUGGCGCUUACGCGGAUCGCACUUCCGAUGCCCAUUCUGUUGCUACCGCCGUACCUGUACGAGGUGAUGAAAAAAACCAACGUCAUGCCAAAGGGCAAGUAUCCUAAACUUGCCGCUGAACUUGUCGUGUUGACGCUGUGCUUAUGGGGUGCCGUGCCGAGCGCUGUCGCUCUUUUUCCCCAAAUUGGAACCAUUUCGGCAGACAGUGUUGAGAGUGAGUUCCAGUCCCGAGUGGACCGAUACGGCCAACCUGUUCACCACUACGUCUACAACAAGGGAAUUUGA